AUGGAAAAUGUUGGCAUCGACCUUCUCAAUGCAGCGUUUACAGCCAUAAUGCCAGGUUAUAUUUUUGUAUCAGAAAAAGAAUAUAAUGAGAGAAAAAAUUCACUUAUUCAGCAAGAAGGCAACACUUACCAGCCUAUUGACGUAUAUACGUUUCAUCAAUGUACACUUGUUAAUAAAAUUGACGAACUAAAUGAAAUAUCAUCAACAUCAGAGUCAUUUGAUCAAUUAAAUAGUCAUGACUCUAUGCAAAUUUUUGUAAAAAUGUAUACUGGUAAGAGCAUUACACUUGAAUGCAACGAGAGUGAUACUAUUAAUCAGGUGAAAAAAAAAAUUCAGGAUAAAGAGGGUAUUCUAUUUGAUAAACAACGACUUAUUUUUGCCAGUAUGCCAUUAGAGGGAGAGAAAACACUUUUUCACUAUGGUAUUAUUAAGAGAUGUACAUUACAUUUAGUCUCAAAUCUUAAUGGCGGUGGAAGUAUAAUAAGUUAUUUGAGCUCUGAUUUUUUAGACACGGAGUUCGAUUUCGAUUUUACAAAUAUUGAUGAUAAAGAUGAGACAUUCACUCGCGGUGGUGUUGAGUAUCUAAGACCAUGUGGAUGGCGACGUUUUGCCUUAAAAGUUACUGGAAAAUAUGAUAAUGGCAAUGAUGAAUGGCUUGGUACUGAUACAAAUGCUUGGCCAGUAUCAUACCAUGGUACUAGUAAACAUAAUUCGAAAUUAAUUGCUGAGGAAGGGUAUUUAUUAAGUAAAGGAAAGAAUUUUGUUCAUGGACGUGGUAUUUAUUCAACACCUGAUGUGAAUGUUGCUGAAUUAUACGCCAAGGAAUUUGUGCAUGGUGAAGAUAAAUAUCUAGUAAUAAUUCAAAAUCGUGUGAAUCCCAAAGGUUUGCGGAAAAUUCCAAAAGAGAAAACUGUGGUCGGUGAAUAUUGGGUUACCAAUAAAGAUAAAGAUAUUAGGCCAUACGGGAUAUGUAUUAGAAAAAAUGAUAAUAACUCUUGUAACUCUUCUAACUUUAGUUAUAUCCAAUCUGCCUACUAUUAUAUUAGCAGGAUAUUAAGUUAA